UGAGGCCCAUAGUACAGUGGUGUACAGGUGUGUGGACACAUUUGUUUUGUUCUACCAGUGCAUUAUAAACUCUAUGCCUAUCUGUUAAGGUUUAGUGUUAGUGUGUGUUCAACCUAAUAUGUGGAGCUUGGUGAUAUUUUUGUGCCUCACCACAUGGGCUGAAGCCCAGAAUGGUAGAGGGCAGCACCAAGAUCACAACGGACAUGGGUGGGACAUUCGGCUAGCGGUUCCAGGAGAACCGGGCAGUGACUAUCCCACCCUCGGCGCAAUACCUAGGACCUCCUUCUCGUGCGCCGGUAGAGAACCAGGUUACUACGCUGACCUGGAAACGAACUGUCAAGUCUUUAGAGUUUGCACGGUUGGAUCUACCUACGGUUUCCAAUCCUUCCUCUGUCCAAAUGGAACACUAUUCAACCAAGCUGUCUUCGUGUGCGACUGGUGGAUGAACGUCGACUGCCAGAACUCUCAACAGUUCUUCAACAAUAACAAUGAAAAGUUUGAAAACCUUCGACUAGGCCCACAACUCAUGAAAGAUAUAAAGAAGAUGCUCACACAUCCAAUGCUGAACCCCUAUGACAAGAACGCAAUGAAGAGCAAUCUCAUCGUAAUGCAGGAGUACAAACCACCGUUCGGCCAACUGUUCCCAAAUGGAGCGCUACUAGCUGGACCUGAGAGGGCUCCAAACAACGUCUAUGUUCCCGCAAAACAAAUCCAACAAAAUCUAAUUCAAGGCAACCAAAACGAUUACGCAUUUUCCGCAUCUACACCAGAUCCAAGAUACAUUCCUGCUCCUCUAAACUUUGUUCCACUACAGAGAGAAUCAGAAGUAUUUCAAAGGCAAAGACAAAAUGAACCUUAUAACUCAGUUAAUAAUAUCCAAAACACCAGAGUGCAAACAACGCAAAUAUCGCAAACUGGAAACCUAGUUUCUAACGGACAUGCUGGUAGAUUUACACAAAAUUCAAAUGGAAACUUUGUCAACAAUAAUGGAUACGCACAAGCACAAGCACCACGUCCAACACAAAUAACUAACACUUUCUCACAGAGACAAACAGCACAAGUGGUAAAUAGCAACCAAGGUAACACACAACCGAACCAAAGAGUACAAAACAACAGACAACGUGCACAGUAUUCUGAACCUAGAAGACUGCCUCAAUCGAACAAUGAAGUACCAUUUUCGAAAAUCCAAAACAAUGGUAACAAUAACCAAAAUAAACAACCAUACACAUACAGCCCACCGACUACAAUUGUCCCAAAAUAUUCAAAUAACUUAGACAACCCAGCUGGUAGAGAAUUAAAAGAAAAUCUGGCACUCGUGUACUCAUUUUUGACUGACUCUAUCAACGUAGCGCGAGAAUACAACAACAGAGCACAACAGGAGAUAGUAUCAUCCACAUCGACAUCCGCACCACCACAAUUCCAGAACAUAAACAAUGUCACUCAACUCUUCAACAACCCAAGCGCGGCAAACCUCGUUAACCCCAGCAACAUACAACAGCAGACUACACAAAUGCUCAGUUUACAACAAAACACAAAUCAAAACAGCCCGAAGCAAUCAAGUCCACAAUUCGAAGUUGUUAAAGCCGAAACUGUUGCUUUAAAUCCAGCCAAACUGCAACUCGAGCCGCCUAAUGAAUCUGAACAAUUUGGCAGUCAAGAGACUCUAAGUAGUCUAUUAAACAGUGGAAAUGGAAUUUCGGCACAACUACAGGACAAAAUUGUAGGUACAAUCCCACACCCAUUAGAAGAAAACAAAUUGCUGACAUACAAAAAAGAUCAAUCAUACUACCUCUACACUAAAUUAGAAGACAACACUAUUGAACAAAAUUCUCAAAGCAACCAACAAAGUAAUUCACCGAUCAAUACUUCACAGAACGCGAAAUUGGUUCAAGGUACAAACAAUAACAUGGCUAAUUUAGUUUCGUUCCAACUUAUUCCGUCAGUUAGUUAUGAAUUAGAAGAUGAGAAAGAACAGCAGAAGUUCCUUAAUGCUUUCCAAAUAGAUGAGUUUGGUGCUCCAAGAGACAUCACGAAGAGUGACCAGAAGGUAAAUCAAGGACAGAUAAUGACUUCUAGUGUUGAUUACUCCGUAGAACACCCUACAACAGUUAAACAAAAUGAGCAAUACGCAGUAAAUCCUCUUUACUCUGGUCCCUCCUCAUACACUGCUCCUCAAUCUUCAGUUGGUAGUUUAGAAUCUAGACAGAUACAACAAAAUAACUUUAAUUCUAGGCUAGAAGAUUUUGAAAGUAGUAACCAUAAUGGCUAUCCUAAAGAGCGACCGGCACGCCAUUUCUUUUCUUGAACCGGUAACUAAAAGACAGGCUAAAAUAGUAUUUUUGUCCUCGCACAGAGAAAAGUGUAUGUAUCUAUGUGUGCAGUUACCUAAAUGUACUUAAUGUAAAUACAAUUAUACAUAGAUUGUAAGGAAUAAGUAUCCUCUAAACUAAAAUGAAAUAAAUAUUUCUAGACUUGACCAUAACCAAAAACGAGAGAAUUUAAUAGUAAUUUUAAGUUAAUUAGAAUUAUGUUUAGGGAGGAAUACCUACUGAACUAAGUUAGCAUAGAAGUUUGGUUGGAUGUGUGUUUGUUCUACAUGAUGUGUGAUAAUAAAUGAAUAUUUUAAC